CACAAGUAAUACAACAUAUACAAUAGUUAUAACUACACGUGUGUCGAGCGUGAAGAUUUCGUUUUGUCUAUAUUUGUAGGUCGGUAUUAUCUGAUACCUUACCAUUUAUAAUGGAAAUAUUAAUGAAUGGAACGCCAGACGUUGUUAAAUCUCUACCUAUUAAAAGCGCACCGACCAAAACUGAAGAUUAUGGCCCAAAUUUUAAAGUAAUUCCCAUAAAUGACCAAAUCAGAGAACUACAGACAGUCAUUAGGGAUAAGAAUACAAGUAGGAGUGAUUUUGUCUUUUAUGCAGACAGAUUGAUUCGUCUUGUCGUGGAAGAAGGGCUUAAUCAGUUACCAUAUACUCCUUGUAUUAUUACAACACCAACAGCUGCAAAUGUCUGGCAUCGCUUGGGCUUUUGAAGAAAAGGUGGAUUGAUGAGGUCGAUUUGGAAGAGGGUGUAAAAACAAUCCUUAGUAACUAAAAUGUAUAUUUAUUGACCUCAAUAUUUACAAUAAUGAAACUGCAAAACUCAAAAAACAAUUGCUGGUACUAAAGCUAAUGCAGUGGGACUCUGACAUGUUUGUCCCACAGACUUAACAUUGUAUAUUUGCCACUUCACCACACCUGAACACCACACAAUGGUUCACUUUGCACCUUUCUCAAAUCUCUGUUCAGCAACAUCAUCUACAGCAGGGGUCAGCAACCUUUUAGAUAUCGCGGACCACUAAUAUAAUUUUUAAAGAUACAAAUUUUUACGAGCAUUGAGUAUGGUAUACGUAUAUAUGUUUAUCUAUAUUAAUAAUUUUAUAUGCAUUAUAUAUACAGUAGAUCCCCCUAUAACACGGGUUCCUAUAGUUCGGAUUC